GCCGGCCAAGAACCUCAUCUCAAAAUGGUUGCGGGCUAAGCAAAAACAGAAGCACUCAGGAUGGCGCUAGAGCGAACAGGGAAAAUAUGAACGUGACGGAGCCCGACAUACGAGCGGCAAGACGCCAGUACGAAUCUGAAAAAGGACCAGAAUACUACAUAGAACUCGCGACCAACACAUACAACUCCGUCGUCGAAUUCAACCUCACCUUCAACAACGCAACGGCCAACGCCACAGAUGGCUCCGGGGAACUGUGGAACGAUUACGUCACGCUCCUGCACGACCGAGCCAUUCUCGUCACGUUUCUUCUGCUGUUCUCUUUGACAACCGUCUUCGGGAACAUGCUCGUCAUUUUGGCCGUCGCUCGAGAGAGGUAUCUCCAUACGUCGACCAAUUAUUUCGUAACGUCCCUCGCCGUGGCCGACUGCCUGGUCGGACUCGUGGUUAUGCCCUUUUCGGCCCUCUACGAAGUCUUGGAGCACACGUGGUUCUUCGGAGUCGACUGGUGCGACGUUUGGAGAUCCCUAGACGUGUUAUUUAGCACCGCCUCCAUACUGAACCUGUGCGUAAUUUCACUGGACAGGUAUUGGGCUAUAACCGACCCGAUAUCCUACCCGAUGCGCAUGAGCGGGCGCAAAGCUGCCUUUCUAAUAGCCGCCGUGUGGGUGUGCUCCGGAGCGAUAUCCUUUCCCGCCAUCGCGUGGUGGCGAGCCGUCAGGGUGGAGGAGGUUCCAGACUACAAGUGCCCGUUCACGGAAAACCUAGAGUACAUUAUAUUUUCGUCGACGAUAUCGUUCUACUUGCCACUGUUCGUGAUGGUGUUCACGUACUACCGGAUUUACCGGGAGGCGACCAUUCAGACGAGGUCGCUGAAGAUGGGGACGAAGCAGGUGAUGCGUCCGAGUGGGGAGUUGGAGCUGACGCUGCGAAUCCACCGGGGUGGGACGAUGCGGCAGAGGAACGACGUGUGUCACAGCGCAUGCACUCCAGAGGAGGCCGACCAGGAGCCACUGACGGCUCUCCAGAACAACGGGCUGUCUCGCUCCUCGACGAGACUUACGAACGCGACGCAUAACAAACAUUUGCCUAAAAACUUUUCGUUGUCCCGCAAACUCGCGAAGUUCGCGAAAGAGAAGAAGGCGGCCAAGACGUUGGGGAUAGUGAUGGGUGUGUUCAUAGUGUGCUGGCUGCCGUUCUUCGUGGUGAAUCUCCUGUCGGGGAUAUGCUCGUCGUGCAUCGCCCACGAGGAGAUCGUCAACGUGAUAGUCACGUGGCUGGGCUGGGUCAACUCCUCCAUGAACCCCGUCAUCUACGCGUGCUGGAGUCGAGAUUUCAGAAGGGCAUUUCUAAGGAUCCUGUGUGUGUGCUGUCCGAGAAAAUUAAGAAGAAAAUAUCAACCGCAACUUCGGUUUAAGCAGUCACAGUAUCCCGUGACCACGAUGAUGUACUCCUCCGUCUCCCAGCACGAGAUGUGCCGGUUGUGACAUCAGGGCCGGGGCGGCUGCCGGCAGCGAUCCAGGUGCUCCUGAUGCCAAACCCGCCGUUCUAGAAGGAACGGCGACAGAUUCCAGAACCCCAUGAGGAUGGACCAGACCUUCGAGUGUGAGAGGCACGUGUGCCAGGAGCUGUGCGACUCCGAGUCGGUCAGCGAGGUCAGCUUGGAGGCCGAAAGCCGCCACUCCUCGAUCCGAAGGAACACCAGCAAGAAACGGGUGACUUACCAAACCAAAGCCGAGGUGAUCUCAAAUUAGGUUAGUUUUAAUGUUCA